GCCUGCUGUUUCUAAUCGUGUUCUCUUAAUAGUGAAUUGUAAGUCUCUGAAUACUUAUGCUUUCUUAAGGAGCUUUCAUAAUACGGUACUAAUACGGCACGAUAUUGCAGAGGAUGACUUCAAAGCAAGCCCAAAGAACCAAAUUUUCUCCAAUUAGAUCCAAUUUCCAGGCUGGCGAAAGAUUGUUAGAUAUCGGGGAAGGGGAAGCCAGAUAGACAGUGACUUACACACGUCAGGGUUAUUCGAUUGCUGCUGGAUGGCAUCUCGCCAGACAGGUUGGUGCUGGGCUUCGAAUAGCACUUCCACCCGAGGGGUAUGGAUGGAAGCUCAAUUAUGUUACUAUCCAUGCCAUUCCCUGGGUAUAAAAACUUGCUCUGACUUCUGCUCUGCGGGGCCAGUGAUUCUGUGGCUAUCAGUAGUUAGAAGCAAGACAAUCCAUUCCAGUCCGUCACAUACUGACCUAAACUAGGUUUAAUAUAAGAAUAAACCGAAUCUGCUUCAAUCCUUGGGUGUUUUGCAUCGUUUUUGAGGUAGACAGGGUCAGGUUUAUAGACCAUCUUUGUAGGAUACGUAUUCCAAGCUGUGAUGCCAGGAUUUCCUCGAGUCAAAUCCCAAUCAUGAAUUUGCCUCUCUUCUUCGCAGCAAAAAGAUUCAUCAUCGCUGGGAGAAUCAUCAUCAUUGGUAUAAAGACCCAUUGACUGUAAGCAAUUCGCAAGCGGGGCCGGGAAAGUGAAAACGGGUAGCCAAUUCAUAACACAAUUAUUUGGGGGAAGUUGAGAAGUUCAGAAGAUCUUGCGAAGAGUAAAGCUACCUGAAAUGUGCGCUUAGAACAUUGAUAUAUAGAUCUGUACAGUUUACUUCGCAAGAUUCAGGGCUAAUCAUUUCUCCUUUCGGCUUGAGUCAGUCGAAGAAAGAAAGCCGUGAUUAAGAUACCGCAGGACGACAUAGAAGUAUGAUGGGCCAGGGCGCUGUGCUGAUAACACCUUACACGCUUGCUGGUUUUGAACUAAGAUCGGAAUAAGGGGCUGUGAUUGGAAUUUUGUCUGGAUUGAUCAAGCUACCGAAAAGGGCAACGAGACCAAGAAAAGGAUCAGAAGAAGAAUGGCCGAAAUGUGAGGUCGCCAGGGACAGCCUGCGACAAGUGGGAUCACCGAGACCUGAAAUAUUCCUUGACAUGUGUUGAGUAGCCCGUUAUUCAGAUCAAUAUGUAUCCCCGGCAAAUUAAUGAUACGAAUUUUUCGUUUUCCUUAGGGGUCAUCGAGGUGGCGGUGAGUUCUGUCCAGGGCUUGGUAGGUUGGGCUUGGCGCGAUGCACGAGCUUUACCCAAUUCUGAAUAGGUUUUCUGCGCAGAAGACCUAUUCAGAAUUGGGUAAUGCUCGUCGGCUCUCCCCCGGCUAGUCCCUUGCGUGCAGUGGGCAAAAGCUGUCACACGAUGGAUAGCCCCGCACGCGUUCGCGCGGCGUGGUUGGAGCUCUCCGUGGCGGUCAUGAGACCUUGAACAGGCCUCAAUAAUCUGCUAAAAGGAAUUAUUGUUGGGCUGCCGCGUUGGGCAACGGACUGUCUUAUACUGGUGGCAGUGAAGGCCCUGGUCUCGGCUUGACGGGUGAACAAACAUGUGAUCUGUCCAGAAGCAGCCAACGACUUGCCCUUCCUUCACUCCACUCGACCUCAACAUCGUUCUUUCAAUCCACUUCUCGCUCCAGCAAUCACCAUGGGCAUCGUGGAAAGCAGAGUAUUGGCGAACAACCUCCUCACAGCUUGCGAUCAGGCUGAGAAAGAGGGAAAACAUCAAUUAGACGAGGCUCAGUUCUGGCGAGACACAACAAUCAGAAUAUCGAAAAGCAUAUACAAAUAUAUACCGCAAACCAUCCGUCGCACUCCUCGUCAACCCGCUAUUAAGAAGGCCAUUGCACGCUCCUCAGAUCAACUUCAGGUUUCACCAGUCAUCCAAGGCUUGCAAGAUAAGCAUGAAUCGCUCUUCCCUUUGCACUCACCCGGAAGGGCAGAAGGCCACACUGGUUCAUCGGCCAACCUUAAACUUGCACCUUUGUCUUGCCAUGUCCAACCUCCGUUGCAAACAUCUUCCCUUGAAUAUUUCUACAACUUCAUCAUCUAUUGCGAACAGCAACAGGAGUUGGGUAAAAUCCGACUCAGGAUUUUGUAUGUGGCAUUUUACCGUUUGAAAAACGCCAUACAGCCAAGUACUCAAUAUCAAUACGACGAUAUUUCACUGUUCAUAGCCCAUGCCAUAAGAAGCUUGGGCUGUAAAGACUUACUUCCUGUCAUUGAAAGUCGAGUACGACUCUGGGUUGGUCGAGGAGAGAGGUAUGAUCUUAUUGCGAGAGAUCUUGGAGGGCUAGGAGCACUGUAUAUCCUCCCUGAAGAUGGGGGCGAGUCGUUGUGGACCAAGGAGCUGCCCAAGUCAGCAACAAAUCCAAACCGAAUUGCCAUGAUAAAAGGCCUGAGUGAGCAAGGAUUGCCAGAAGAAGCAGAGAGACGUGGCCUUCACAUUUUGGCAGAGGACGAGAUCGCCAAGGUUUUGGGACCGACGAAAGCCGCCUUGGAUCAAGUGAUUGAGACCCACUUAUCAGCGGCAAGUUUCCAGGUACCAAGGGACGAUAGACGGCCAAGGGGGACUGGAGACGAUUGGCUACAAUCGAGACUUCCUCAAUCUUGCCAGGCUAGUUUCGGAACUCCCGAAGCACCUGUUCCUCAACAGGGUGCUGCCAAUGUGGAUUCGCUAUAUAGCGGCAUAAACAACGGGCAAGCUUCUUCAACAGAAAUGGUGCAAGGUGUAAGACAGCUACCUUACGAGCCAGCAGUCACCCGGGUAUCUUUACCAAAUCAGUCGGAUCUUAUGGGAACUCCGGUCCAGGCGCACACACUUGGACCUGGGCAUAUGCCAACAGCACCGACACACUUUGAAACAAACGGACCUUUUCAUGCAAACGCAACAGUGGAGAACAGUGCUCAAUUCAACGGGGAACAAAAUGGACAUGUCCAAUAUUCCGAGCUGAUGGGUGUCACAAGAAACCCAAUAGCUAUGAUCACACCCGCAGACUUCCCUGAGGCAUUCACAGCCACAUCCACCUUGGUACCAGCAGACUACCCUCAAGUUUUUCCCUACCAACGACGAACUGUGACACCAGCAGAUUAUCCUUUACUGUAUCCUUGCGGCCCAUCCCCAUAUAUUGGGUGUUCGACAUCUCAGCCAGUGCAGACUUUAUGACCCCUUUCCGUGUAUUAUGUAGCCGGCGGGAGAGCGAGAAUGAGAUACAACGCUGGUGAGAUGACAGGCUCACGUUGGAAGAUUGUUGGGGUUUUCGGAACAAGGAGAGGCUGAGAAGGC